AUGUACGUCGUCUUCCCAGCAUCACCAGCGUUUCACUCUCUGCCGGGCCCACACUGCGGAGCAUUGCAGCAGCUUCCGGACAGCAUUGCGGUGUUACUGCCGCGUCUGCGUGAGCUGACCGUUGCCAGGUGCGAGGCCUUGGAGGAGCUGCCGGAGGGUGUCUGUUCCCUGAAGCACCUCGAGACCUUAUCAGUCAUCGAAUGCGACCAAUUCCGCUGCCUGCCUGAUAACAUCGGGAGAUUGUCUGCCUUGACAACUCUGCAUCUGGAUCAUCUGACGCUGGCGAGCCUGCCUGACUCCAUCUGCCAGCUCAGCUCCCUGGAAACCUUCUUUCUGCUCUCGUGCGACUCAAUUGAGCUGCCAGCAGACUUGUGCUACCUCACAGCUCUCACGACUCUCUGCCUGGGGGUGAACGCGGCACUUCCAGCGGACAUAGGACGCCUGAGUAACCUUCACACGCUGCUUCUGAGAGAGAGCAUGUCGCUGCGGCAUCUCCCGCGCUCGUUAUCGGAAAUUGCGUCGCUGACGAGGCUUGAGCUGCACGCGUGCGAUGUGGAGGAGCUGCCAGAGGGCGUGGGGUCGCUCAGCAAUCUGCGCGAGCUGCACGUGUCGUCCUGCUGUGAGCUCACGGCCCUUCCAGCGUCCGUGACGUGCCUGACUGCCCUGGAAGCUCUCUCUCUUGCUAACUGCGAGAAUCUGGCCUCCGUGCCUACAAGGCUGGACGGCCUGACGCGGCUCAAACGGCUGGAGGUUGCCCGAUGUGACAUGCUGACACGGCCUCCUCUAGUCCUGCCGGCUUCCAUUGAAUGGCUGAGGUGGGGAGGUUACAGGCAGGCCACGCCUCUGCCAGACGUCUCCAUACUGACGGGGCUUCGGACUCUCCGCCUGGACAUAGUUGCAGUGGCAUGUGGGGUCGCUGUGAGCAGGAGCCUGUCGCACGUGGAGCAUUUGCAUAUGUCAUUGGGAGGCGAUGCUGAGGAGAUUCCAUUGGCCUUGACGUUCCUCUCCCACCUGCGCACGCUGGUUAUUGAGUGCGCGUGGAGUCUCCAGAGGCUGCCGGCCGAUAUCGGGUCAGCACUGCCGCAGCUGCGGAAGCUGAAGCUGGCAAAUGCGGACGAGUUGAGGGAGCUGCCAGCGAGUGUGACGGCGCUGCAGCAUCUGACGUCCUUGGGGGUUCACGACGCGCCCAACCUGGUUUCUCUUCCGCCUGCCAUCGGUGCCUUAUCCCGGUUGCGCGAGCUGCUAAUCGGAUCCUGCAAGCAGCUUGAGCAUCUGCCUGCCUCUCUCACCCAGCUUACCCGCCUGAACCAGCUGUCCAUUACAAACUGCCCCAUCCGCUCCCUAUGUCCCACCGCUGCACAGUUCCAGUGGCUCAAAUCCCUCAAUUUGUCAGGCUGUGUGCAGCUGAAGGCAUUGCCUUGGGAUUUGGGUGAGGUGAAGGCACUGCGGGUAUUGAAUGUGGAUGAUUGUAGGCUUGUGAAGGACAUGGAUGGGUAUGUGGUCCCCUGGAGCAUCUAUGAGGUGUAUGGGCUGAGAUUAUUCCUGGGCUGA